CAGUCGGGUCGGUCUGGUCGACGGUAGCGGGCGAUCGUCGCGCCGCCCAGUGUCUCGCGGUUCAUCGAUCAGUGUGGUGUGUGUCGCGCGUUGUUGUUCCGGGAGAUCUUUUUUUUCUCCCCUCUCCCUCGAGUGGUUCUCUCUCUCGUCCGUCUCCGACGUUUAUUACGAGUAUACUGCCCUCGCGCCGUCAUCUUACGCGGAACGUCGAAACAUUGAAACGUCGCCUCGCGCCUUUCACGUUCCCCUUUCACGUCAAAUUCGUGCGCGUGCAUACGGAACGGGCGCCGGGCGAGCGGGGCCCAUCGGGAUCACGGAAUAGAAAGAUGCGACUAAGGAUACGCUGGAUACUUCUCCUUAGCACGGCUGCGGUGAUCCUCGCGGGAUGCGGCGCCGCUACCGAGAAGGAACAGACCACCGACAACAAACAGAGGACGUCGGCGAGCUCGACUUACAACACUUUCCCGGAUGACCUAUACUUGGAUGAUCAGGACGCCUUAGAGGGUUCCGGCCGAGGUGGCAGCGACAAUCGCGACGACCUCGAAGCUUCGGGUAGCGGCCUUGGCCCUGACGACGAGGACGGAGAAGACGAUCGCGAGUUUACUGGUAAUAAUGGAUUAGAAGUUCCGAGCAAGCCGACCGAAGCGAGACCUCCAUACGUCAUCGAUGAGACAAAUGUCAAGACUAAACAACAUACGACCAUUGAAACCGUGAACCGGCCCAGCAACGAGGUCAACAUAGGCGAGCCCUCAGGCACGGAUGACGAUCACAACACCGACGAUAUCCACGAGGUCUAUAUCAUGAAUCCAAAACCUGGAGAUCGUGCCAGCUCGUUCUUUGCGCAGCCAGGCGUGCUAGCCGCUGUGAUCGGCGGCGCAGUAGUGGGCCUCCUCUGCGCGAUACUGGUGGUCAUGUUCAUCGUGUACCGGAUGCGCAAGAAGGACGAGGGUUCGUAUGCCCUGGACGAGCCAAGGAGAUCGCCCGCGGCGCAGGCCUUCCCUAAGCCGGGCGCGCCUCAUCACAAUCGAGAGUUCUACGCUUGAGGUGAUGGCGGUGCGAUGGCGACUUCGCCGAUUCCUCUCGCGAUCUCACGAUGCCAAGCCGAGUAAAAACCCACCGACGAUCAACGCUCGCUUUUGGAAUCCCGCUGGUCGAUGGUGAAACAAUUACUACGGCGAACCGCAUGGCACGCGCUCAUUAUAGACUCUCUCCCAAAAACGCAAAGUUUUACCCGAGGAACGUCGCUCAGAAUGUCGGCCGAUUUUCGAUUUUACAAUUUCUCUUGACUCUAGGAAACUGUAUUUUCUUACGCGCUGUAUUUCAUCGUGUUCAAAAAAAGAUGUACGCGAGUAAGAGAUUUUGAGACAAGAGACGAAUUUGCGGCUUUCGGCUGAUAGACCGUUCACCGAACGUCGAACUUUUCCAGCUUGACGCUCCGAUCACUUCGCCCUUCACAAUCCUACAUAUACCUUCCUUUUCGUUGUCCUGACUUUAAUCGCAUUCGCUGAUCUUUGGAAAGAUCCUCUUCGGAGUGUAAUCAUCCUGGCUGGUGACUGAAGCGACGGACAA